CUCUCGGAGAGUGCAGUACUGCAGCCACAAGAUGAAUCUCUUGCACAUGCCGUGGCUAAGAGCCGGACUUCUGCGCUGCAUCCCGUCCCUUUUGCGAAUGCGCUCGAGUGCGUGCGUGCGUGUGCGCGAGUGACUACGGCAUCAUCAGACUGGAGUUGGAGACUAUCCUGUGUUUGGAAUCUCUGUCUUUGUGGAUGUGUAAGGGUGGAGAUGGAGUGACAAAUGAGCAGCGAACGUCCUCUGCGCGACUCGCAGCAUGGCAGCUGAUCGUCCGUCUCUCUCGUGCGUUCGUUUGCCCUUUCUCGUCUCCUCUUGUGCUCUGUCUGUCCGAAGCCUGGUGCACUGUGAGAGUUAGAGCGAGCCCAAGCAAAAGAGAGAGAGAGAGAGAGAGAGAGAGAGAGAGAGAGAGAGAGAGAGAGAGAGGGAGAGAGAGGACAUGCGCUGGCCAGAGCGGCACUCUCUGCCUCAGCUCCGUCACUGACCCGCAUCUGGAGGAACCAUGGUGAGCAAAGAGGUUGGUAAAAGCAUGCUCACCAACUCUGAAUCGGACUCUGAGACGGCACCUUCUAUGGCCCUGGAGGUAAAAGGACCGCCGGAUGGGAGUCGGCAGGUGCGCAAACGCAACAAAGCCUUGCAGGUACGCUUCAAGGACAUCUGCGAGGCGCAGAGCGAGCAGGCGGCUGCGGCAAGGGGAGCAAAGCCGAUCUCGUACAAAGUGGCAUACCGCAAAUACAUGACCGUUCCGGCCCGGAGAUCCAUACCCAACGUGACAAAAAGCACUGGAGUGCAGACCUCCCCGGACCUGAGAAAGCGCUACCAGACUUUUCCACUGGAGAGGAAAAAGGGUCAAAGUGUAAAACAUGCAGCAACAGCAGAGAGCUAUAAGGACCAGGAUAAUGGAUAUGUUGUUGAUGUUAAGAGGGCCAAGGCGGCCGAGGUGGUGAGGGAAGAGACGUCGUCUCACACGGUACAAAAGACCAAAGCUUUGAUGCACACUAAUGAGUGCAUAGCCACCAUAGAGCACCACUCACACGCUGCAGAGUGUGCAGACAGGACGCUGCUGCCCUGUCCCUCUGAGGACCAAUCAAAUUACAAGAUCUGUACGAUGAAGAGCAAACAUCGAAAGAGCUUCCUAAGGGACUCAGACUCGUUGGACCGCUCAGGAAAAUGGCAAGUAAUAAAUUCUGAUGAGAGAGAUGGCAGUACACUGCCAAAUUCUAGUUCCAAGGUGAUGAGUCCUAUAGCCUGGAACUCCUUAACGCAGGUGGAGUGUCUGGAGAGCCCGACGGCACGCAGCAAGCGCAAAAAGGUUCUACAGCUAAACGGCCUGCAAUCACAGACACUGCCGAGGACUGGCUGCACCACACAAGUGCAGUGCCAUGCGGGAAUGCUUUCUGCUCGGCCCAUACAGGCAAUGGAGGAAACGACAGCAGCAUCAGUUGCUGCCGUACCUGCAGCGGUUCUACCGUCCACAUGUGAGGCUGGGAAAGGAACAGUUCCAGGAACUGGGAAUCUACAGGUGAAUAGCGAAGCUUGCAAGCAGAUAGUGCCUGUGAGUCAGGAUAAGGAAGUAAAAGCACAGUUGCAAGCCAUGGAGAACAUGAUCAGCUCCAGUCAGGAAACCAUCAAAGUCCUGCUGGGAGUCAUUCAGGAGUUGGAGAAAGGGGAGGCUCUCCGAGAAGGUCUCUCCUAUCGGACCGGGCAGGACACGGCCAACUGUGACACAUGCCGGAACAGCGCAUGCAUUAUUUACAGUGUGGAGCUGGACUUUAAGCAGCAGGAGGACAAACUGCAGCCGCUGAUGAGGAGGUUGUGCUCAGUGGAGGACUCGUCCUUCCCCUCGCUACCUUAUUCUCAGGAGGCCUACACCUCCACGCCCAAGCGUAAGGCCAAAGCAGAGGCCAAGAAACACACGCGCUGGAAACUGUGGUUCCUCUGAACACGCCGCGCUGCAGGACACGCGCACGUUUCUACACUGUCCCUGUGUUCAUCUCUGUCCCUGUGGCUUUCCUACAUUUCCAUCAUUUUAUCAGCACAGAAAAAGGGGGAAGAAAAAAAGUUGCAUCCUGAAAACUAAAACCUGGCUCGAGCCUGCUUCAAAUUCAAAAACGGAGUCUACUGGGAACUGGAUUUCCUCAGUUAGUCUCGGAAACGCGGAAUACUUUGGCCAAUUGUGCCCAGAGUGUGAAACGGCUCUAUUUGCAAUUCAGCGAGGUGAGAAACCAGAUUGAAUUAAGCUGCUGCAAAGUCUUGCGUUUAAAUGUAUAUAUAUAUAUUUAAAAAAAAAACAUUAUUUAUACAUCAGUGCAUC